UCCAAUACUAAUAUUUUUGCAAUCUCUCUCAUCACUAACAACAACUAUAGAUAUGGCUCUCAAAUCCCUUCUCUUAGUUUUCUUGUUGAUUGCUGCCUUGACAGCUGUCCCAAUGGCUGAAGCCCAACUGGGACUGAUAAGUGGUCUCUUGGGUUUGAUUAGAAUCCAAGGCACUGUCUUCUGCACUGCUAAUGGCAACAUGGGUGUCAAUGGCACUUCAGCCCCUGUCUUCCCAAAUGCAAAGGUACAAUUGCAGUGUGGAGCUGGAAACACAGUCUCAAGUGCAACAACCAACAAUUCUGGAAUUUUUUCAAUGGUGUUGGACCCUCUUCAGUUUGUUCUUUCUUCACUUCUGAGCAACUGUAACUUGCUAGUCAGCAUCCCACUCAGCAACUGCAACCUCAACCUCCCCUCUGUUGGCGGGCUUCUGUUGCCACUGCAGUUCAUUGGAAACACCCUUCAAGGCCUCCUCAACAUCUCCAACAUUAUUCCCUCUGGAUUUCAAUUCCUUCCUAACCUAAACUAGUACUCAAACUCUAUGAGUAACAUAUAUAUAAUGUUUACUGAAUAAGUUUAAGAACAUAGAAAUCAGUCAUAAAACAUAGAAGGACGAAAACUUUCAGAAGUGGAUCCCCUAACAAAUUCUGUAAAAU